UCUUUAUUCCAUCCAUUGCUUCGGUGUUUCCAAUGAGUUUUCUAUCUCUUACAUUGAAAAGCCCUAAUAAUUGAUCUCCCGGGUCGCUUUCUCCAUCGCGGAUGAUUGUACAAUAUAUUGAGUAAACCGUGGGGUGAGUCUUGACAACUCUAGAUCUCAAGUUAUGUUAUUUUUAUGGGAUUUUCUAACAGAGUAAUUGGAGUUGACUAAAUGACCGACGAUAAUAGAGAAGCAUUGGACCAGGAUCCUACCCCCAAGGGAAAUAUACCUCCAGAAAAUGAAAAUGAGGUAUCAAUUGACUCGUUAGCCCGAAAGGUCCAAGAAUCUCUAUCUCUCGCUAAAAGGCAUAAGUUCUGGGAAACCCAACCUGUGGGGCAAUUCAAGGACCUUGGUGAUACAAGCCUGCAUGAGGGCCCAAUUGAGCCUCCAACGCCCAUAUCCGAGGUUAAACAAGAGCCUUAUAAUCUUCCCACCCCAUAUGAGUGGAUUACUUGUGACAUGGACUCUGAAGAAAUGUGCAUUGAGGUUUAUAAUCUUCUGACCCACAAUUAUGUAGAGGAUGAUGAAAACAUGUUCAGGUUCAAUUAUUCAAAGGAGUUCCUUAGCUGGGCACUCCGCCCUCCAGGUUUCUACCGAAGUUGGCACAUUGGAGUCAGGGUGAAGAGCUCAAAAAAGUUGGUGGCUUUUAUCACUGGGAUACCUGCAAGAAUACGUGUUAAUGAUAACAUUGUAAACAUGGCAGAGGUCAAUUUUCUGUGUGUUCAUAAGAAGCUUAGAUCUAAAAGACUUGCUCCAGUUAUGAUCAAAGAAGUCACAAGGAGAGUUCACUUGGAGAAUAUUUGGCAAGCAGCUUAUACAGCUGGAGUUAUCCUUCCUACGCCUGUAACAACUUGUCAAUAUUGGCAUAGGUCAUUGAAUCCUAAAAAGCUUAUUGAUGUUGGGUUUUCUAGGCUGGGCGCAAGGAUGACAAUGAGCCGAACAAUAAAGCUGUAUAAGUUACCUGAUCAGACAACCACUCCUGGGUUUAGGAAAAUGGAGCCCCAUGAUGUUCCUGCUGUUACUCGACUGCUUAGAAAUUACUUGAAGCAGUUUGUUGUUGCACCUGACUUUGAUGAGAAUGAUGUUGAGCACUGGCUUCUCCCAAAGGAGGAUGUUGUUGAUAGCUAUCUUGUUGAAAGCCCCGAGACUCAUGAAAUCACUGAUUUCUGUAGCUUUUAUACUCUUCCAUCAUCAAUACUCGGUAGCCAGAACCACUCCACUCUUAAGGCCGCUUAUUCUUAUUACAAUGUCUCAACAAAAACACCAUUGGUUCAGUUGAUCAGUGAUGCUCUUAUUGUGGCAAAGCAAAAGGAUUUUGAUGUGUUCAACGCCUUGGAUGUUAUGCACAAUGAAGCUUUCUUGAAGGAACUGAAGUUUGGCCCGGGUGACGGGAAACUCCACUACUACCUUUACAACUAUCGAGUAAAGCAUGUUUUGCGGCCAUCAGAACUUGGGCUUGUGCUCUUGUAGAUAGCCCAAAGACUUGAAUUUGCCAGAACCAGAGGAAUCAUUUUUGGUGAGGUCCGCUCGUUUGUAUGUUUUUAAAGACUAUGUCUGUUGUCCUUUUUCUUUGUUCGUGCAUGAGGUCUACUUUAGGCCCUAAAUGGAUAAACCUUGCAACAUAAUCUAUGAGAUUGAACUUUAAUGCAUGAGUUCCUUGUUCAUCAUGCCAUUUGUUUAGUAUCAUUGUUGAGGUUGUCAAAGAAUUUUAUCUCUUAA